CGCGGCCGUCAGCUUCGCCCUGACCAUGCGGCCCGACUACCGUGGCGGCACGUCCUCCGCGGCGACCGCGCGGGCGCGCGGGGGCCCGUUGCUGGGGGCGAUGAUCACGUCGACGGACUACUUUUCGCAGUUGCUCGAGGAGUUGGAGCAGCGAAAAGGCGUCAACGCCGAGCAGAACUGCAGCUGGCAAGCCUGCAUCGACGGGAUUUUCGACCUCGUCCAGGAGCUCCGGAUUCCCUUUCUGCUGCCCGCCUCCGCGCGCGGGGAAAAUUUCGAGCAGAAGCUGCUGCGGGCGUUGCAGAGCAUGGAAUUGCUGGAGGAUUUCUAUUCGACGAAUAUGCAAAACCAAGGAGAUCAUCAUGAUCCCGCUGAAAUGAUGAAUCAGCUGCAGCCGGAGAGCAUUUGGCGCCUGGUUCCGCCGGCGCGGUACUUGUUGGACAAACUGAACUCCUGUCCGUGGGCGCAGGCGACCGACUACGGAAUCAUCCUAGACCGGCCCGACCAGUGGACCUUUCUGAUCAACUAUCCCACGAAAAAAGUGUUACAGUGACACAUUUGUAAUUCAAUUCAGCAACACAAAUUUCUCUGCAUGAGAGAGAAAACUUGUAAUGCAUACAAUCCUACGGGAAAACACCUAUGAAACGAGGCUCCUAUGCCGGCAUGACAGAGCUUGUCUGUCUUGCUUGGCCUGCAGCACAAUGUGUAACUGUAACACUUUUUUCUUCCCAUAUCAACGCGGAAAGCAGUUUCUCCGAACUGCAGAAGAACUCCGGCGUCGCGAAAGCGCAGGCGAUCGAGAAG